UGAACCAGAAGGGUUAAAUACAUGGCAACUUUAGAUACUUUAUGGACCUAGAUCACCGUAUAUGUUUAAUAAUUUCUCAGCGAUAUAGAUUAAACAGCGGUUGCUAAUAAUCUGUCCUCUAAGUAAGGACUAAUUGAAAUCUUGUGUAUUGAAGAAAAUUGACAACUCAAGUUUUUUGAAAACAAUGGCUCAUAAUACUGAUUCUGGAUAUGUGAAGCUUGAUUCUGCUGCACCUGGAACUGAAGCAACUGCAACGAAUAUUCAACCACAGCAACAACCUGAUGGAGCUACUCAAUCACAAGUUACAGCACCUGCACCGCAGCCAGAAACAACAACUCCAGCCCAAAUCAAGCCGAGGAUAACGCACAAAAAUGUUCUGUUCAAACUUGGCAUUGCUGAAGUAAUUUUCGGUGUUUUAUCAUGCAUUUUAUGCAUCAUUACACUGAUACUCGCUGACAAAAAUUCAUCCUAUCUGUACUAUGAUGAUUAUGAGAAAAGAUACUAUCAAAACAGAAUUACAUAUGGAUCUAAUGUUGUCGCACAAGGAAUAUGGUGUGGUGUUGUAAUACUUGCAUCCGGGAUACUUGGAAUAAAAGCAAGAGAUUACCCCACAGUUUGCAUGUACCGGGCUAAUAUGACCGUCAGCAUCAUAGCCUCAUUUUUUAUGUUUAUUCUGUGUAUUCUCUCUGGUGUUAGCACCAUCACAGUAUAUCCUCACAGUUACAUAUAUAUAUUACUACCUUACCACACUAUCUUGGCAAUCAUUGGAUUUGUUGGCAUGAUUAUCUGUAUUGUCCACUCAGCAUAUUGUUGCGCUGGCAUUUGUUGUCGCACGAAGACCACGCGUGUUCCACGACCUGCAUAUUCUCGACAACAAAUGGUUCGACUUGCAAAUGGUCAAUAUAUGAUGGUACCUAUCAAUGCACCACAGAACUACCCAGGAAUGCCCAUUGCGCAACAAGCUGUUGUUGUUCCCCCAGGGCAGGUGUUUCCUCAACCAGUGACAGGAGUUCAACCCUACCCAUCAAUGCCAGGACAAGGGCCACAGUAUUACCCACCAGGACAGAUGCCUUCGCAACCGGCAAUAGUUAUUCCUGCAGGACAAAUGCCUCCAAAUCAACCACCGCCAAUGUACUCACAGUCACAGCCCGGAGUUCCUGCGUUCACUACACAAAUCCAACCGAAUGCUCCCUGCCCAACGAUGCCUCAGCAAGUCACCCAACCCCUGAACCCUUCUACAUAUCCGAGACAACCACCCUGCAACCCUUCUGUUUAAAACAGGAGAUUGGAGAUGAAGUUUUGAGUCCGUGUGGGUUUAAAACUUGAUGGAAUUCAUCGAUGGAAGUACUUUGUAAAUCCUAUACGUAUACACAAACAAUCGUAUUCAUACUCACCGAACUGCAUGUAGAUAUAUAUAUCAAAAUACUUUGUAAAUCGUAUACGUAUACACAAACAAUUGCAUUCAUACUCACUGAACUGCAUGUAGAUAUAUAUAUCAUAUACAAAAUGUUUUUCUAAUAUUGUCAUUUCGCUAAAAUUUAUCAUGACAGAUUAUCGAUUUUAAUCUCAUUUUAUGUGAAACCGCAAAUUUUUUUUAAGCUGAAUAUGGCAUUCAUAUUGAAAUAAUUCUUCGUAAAUUGCAUAACUAUUUUUUAAUGGUUACUGGUUUUACUCUUGUGUUAAAAUUUUCAAUACUUUUUAAUUUUUACUUUGCGAUAAGGUUUCCUGAAAUCGAUCCAUGGCAGUGUGCAAACACAAAUAUUUUACCUGGUUACAUGUAGCAACAAUUUCAUUAGAUAACUCAGUACAGUAUUUUUAUGUGAUAAUCGUAAUCCUUGUCCUGAACCAAAUUCUACAAGUGCAACCACUCAUUGUAUAUGACCAGUUUAAGCACCAUUUUCGGAGGAAUAAUCGUUUCAGUUUAGCAGUGCCUCCCCAAAUUAUUGCGUCAAUGAAGAUUAUUAUUAUCAUUCAUUAUUUCUCCCUUUUUUACAUAUUAUCAUUUUUAAUAUAUUGGCUUUUCAUGCCCAUGACUAGAUUCUUUUUAUGAGGUGUUGCGUUCUUUUAGGGAUUAUUUCUACAGUAUCCAGGCUAUUGCGUAUAACAAAAUGUCAAUAUUACCUAUUUUAACUAGAUUUUUGUAUUUGAAUCUCAGUGUAUCAUCUUGCCAUAUUGUACAUUACACAUAUAAAUAUUAAAUAGUAAACAUACGUUUUCACACCAGGGCUGUGACGUCAUAGAAAAUUUACACUCCAAACUCCUAGCUAUUUAGAGAAAACAGCCAUGUCGCUCUAGUCUAGGCAAAAAUUUUAACUGGGACUUAAAGUUUAAGAAGCUUUUAGUCUCAACUAAAAAACAACUUUAAGAGUAUGCACGUAUUCAUCUUUAAUUUUCAGUGAAAGUUUUUUUAGGUUUGGUUGGGAAUUUUGAUAUUCAUCAACAUUAGAAUUCGGAAAUAUGUCUCCUACUUCAUAGCCCUGCUCUGUACAUAAAAAGAAUAUUGACAUGAUUUUAUUUCAUCCUAUUAUUUCAAUUCAUUUAUAAUAUUGCUGCAUGUUUCUUGCCGUUUUACACUUGCUUUUGUUGCAAUCAUCUAAUAUUUACCCUACAAGUUCCAUGAUUCAUUCGUUGCAAUUUUUAUUUACCUUAAUUAUAAAAGAUCCAUGACAAUGUAUAUUAGUAGCAAGUUAGCAACUGCAUUAAAAUUUUGUGAUCAACAUAAUGCUGUACAUGAACUUCCUACAUAAAUGGAAUAAGAUUUUCUUAGUAAUCCUGGGGGAAAAGAAAAUACCUUAAUAUGAGUAAUAUAUUCUUUAAACAAUAUUGUUGUAUUUACCGGCAGUUUGUUUCAUUCAGGAUUAUUUUACCUGUUAUUUAAAGCGUGCGAUUUCAAUUCUGAGAUUAUUGCUCUACCAUAUUGCAAUAAUGUGCACUGCAAGCUCACUUACGUCAUCUUCAAUAUACAAGCAAUAAUGUAACUUGUUGUUGAUCUGAAUUGAAAAUGUUAUGAAAUAUGG